CUCCUUCCAGCCGCUUAGUCAGGGCGAAGAAGAGAGUGAGCGAGGCAGCGGCCCGACACCACCCCAAGCUAUGGCAGCCAUUAGAAAGAAGCUAGUGAUUGUGGGAGAUGGUGCCUGUGGGAAGACUUGCCUCCUUAUUGUGUUCAGCAAGGACCAGUUCCCAGAGGUCUACGUACCAACUGUCUUCGAAAACUACAUCGCUGACAUUGAAGUAGAUGGGAAGCAGGUGGAGCUGGCCCUUUGGGACACAGCUGGGCAGGAAGACUAUGACCGGCUGAGGCCCCUCUCUUACCCAGACACUGAUGUUAUCCUUAUGUGUUUCUCAAUUGACAGUCCAGACAGUUUAGAGAACAUACCAGAGAAAUGGACACCAGAAGUGAAACAUUUUUGCCCAAAUGUGCCCAUCAUCCUUGUGGGAAACAAGAAGGACUUGAGGAAUGAUGACCACACCCGCAGGGAGCUGGCGAAGAUGAAACAGGAGCCAGUGAAACCAGAGGAAGGGAGAGACAUGGCAAACAGAAUCAAUGCUUUUGGGUACCUGGAGUGCUCAGCCAAGACGAAGGAUGGUGUGAGGGAAGUGUUUGAAAUGGCCACUCGGGCUGCCUUGCAAGUCAGGAAAAACAAAAAACGCAAAGCCUGUCCCCUCUUCUAACAAGGGAGCGUUGGCGAAGGAAGUGACUGUGUUGUCUGAACUGUAUCUGUAUUUUUCCGCACACUUCACGGAUGCAAGUUUGGGGUGAGGAGAAGGGCUGUUGGCUCUGUCUGGAGUAAGAAUUUAAAAUGCCUGUCAUGCCCUUUGCCACCCCCUCUUCAUAGUAGCUAGGGCUGCCUGGGGGUCCUUGUGGUCUCUCUCUGGGCCAUGUGCUCAUGGUGUCCUCUCCAGCACCUCCUGUGCUUGAGGACCAGAUGUCUCUUGAGAUCUCUCCGUAAACACUGUUGUUUUGUAUAGGGUAAGCAGUGCACCUGAAUUAAUUCUGCAUUGCUGCUUGCUCCCAUUUUAUACUAAUCUUACAGUUCAAUGCCUGGUAUAAAUUCAUGUAACGUAUCCUGUCUUCCCAUUCUUGCAAAUUAAGGAAGCUACAUUUGAUUGCUGAAUAUUGCAGUCAGUGGAGUCCUGCCCUUAUUAAGAUAUGCAGCACGUGCACCUACCUCUCUACACAAACUUGUCAAGGCAAGUGGGAAGCCUGGCCAAAAUGCCCACCUAUAUUUCUGCGACGAGCUGAGCUCUGCUGUGGUCAGGAAUGCUCUUUACUCUUUUUGGUGUUCGGGCAGUGCCUUGUAUAUAAACGAUACUGUAUUCUCUCUGCUUCCAUUAAAUUAAA